AUGAUGGUGAAGUUCGUUCAGCUGGCGCCGGGGGAGUUCUUCUUCGUGUCUGUGAAGGUUGCCUUCUCCGUCGGCCUGCUGAUUGCGUUCCCCUACGCGCUUUUCGAGGCCGCUUUGUACUUCACCCCGGCCUUAACCCGCAGCGAGCGCGGCGUGGUGGGGCCCACCGUGCUGUCCUCCGCGAUCCUCUUUUACAGUGGGGCCAUCUUCUCCUUCUCCGUGCUGUCCCCGGCCGCCCUGGGCUUCUUCCUGGGCUACUCGCAGGACGUCAUUGAGAGCCAGUUCUCGAUUGACCAGUACUUCGAGUUCAUCUUGAGUAUGGGCUUCGCGACCGGGAUCGCCUUCCAGGUGCCUGUGCUGCAGGUGGCGCUCGGGCUUCUGGGUGUGAUCGACUCCGAUAAGCUCUUCGCGAUCUGGCGGUACGUGGUGGUCGGCAGCGCUAUUGUCGGCGCCAUUUUGACCCCGUCCACGGACCCGGUGACUCAGUUGCUUCUCUCCGGGGCGCUGUGUGUGCUCUACUUCGCCGGCGGCGGCGUAUUGAAGGCUCUGGGCCGGUGA